GUUUGAUAAUUUUGUAAUAACCGGCUGUCAACGAUGGCAGUUUCACUUUUAUUAGUUUCUUUAUUAAUUUCUUUCUGUGUUAGUGUAGCCGAUGCUUCAGUUGAAGGGCUUUAUUGUGGCCAUGAAAACUGCUACGAAAUUCUCGAUGUCACAAGAGAGUCAACAAGGCAAGAAAUCGUGAAAGCUUAUCGAAAACUGGCCAGAAAAUGGCAUCCAGAUAUGCACAAGACAGAAGAGAAAAAAGAAGCAGCUUCACAGAUGUUCCAAAAAAUCGCCAAUGCGUAUGAGAUUCUUAAAGAAGAAGAUUCCAGAAAUGAUUAUGACUACAUGCUUGAUCACCCAGAUGAAUUUUACUACAACUAUUAUAGAUACUACAGAACUAGAACAGCUCCUAAAGUUGAUGUUAGAAUUGUGAUAGCUGUAACAAUAACUGUGAUUUCUAUUGUACAGUAUUAUGGAGCCUGGUCAAAUUACAAGGAGGCAAUUAAUUAUCUGUGUAAGGAACAGAAGUACAGAUACAAGGCUCAAGUUACGGCUAAAGAAAAAGGUCUAUUACCAGUUUCUAAGAAGUCAGAGUCGGGGCGGAAAACAAAGGAAGAGAUGAAACAAGAAGAAGAAGCCAUUAUUAAACAAAUUAUUGAAGAUAACAUGGAUAUAAGGGGAGGAUAUAGAAAGCCGACAUAUACAGAUGUAUUAUGGGUUCAACUUUUGUUUAGCCCGUAUUAUCUGUUUAUGUAUAUAAAGUGGUAUAUUAGAUGGAUCUGGAAGUUUAAGAUUAAAGGAGAAGAAUAUGGCACGGAAGAGAAACUAUAUAUGAUACGAAAAUAUCUUAAACUUAAUUCUAGCCAAUUUGAUGCAUUAGAGGAACAUGAGAAGGAGAAAUAUUUACACAAAGAACUCUGGAUUAGAGAACAUUUUGAAGAAUGGAAGAAAGAACAAGAUGAAGAAAUGAAGACAAAGUUAGCUGAGAGUGCAAGAUAUAAAAGUUAUAGACGUUAUAUGAAGAAGGGUGGAGCUGGACAAAUGACUUUCGGACCAGAAUAACGAUAACAUUAUUAUAGGAUUAUAUCUUCUUGUGUUCAUGUUUCUAAGUUUAAAACAUAGUAUAUGAAAUUGAUUGUAAGUUAUUGGAUGAAGUAUUAGGGAAGUUUGCUCAGCUGGUUCAGCAAACUGUAACUGUAAAGUAGUUAAACAGACUGUAGUGACAAGCAGUGAGCAAACUGUUACAGGGUCAUAUUGUAUUACUGCUUUAGAAGAAUAAUAUAGAUUAUAUUAACAGCUAAAGUACAAAAAAUUUAACAUAUCCUUUCUCUCUUCAUGAAUUUGUGAUAGUGUACUUUUUAAACAUUGUAUGUUCUUGAGAUGUGUCCUAGUUUUAGUUAUCAGCUCAACUAUUUAAAUGAAAGGAGGGAGUUUUGGCCUGUUUAUUAGAGAUUGUGUAACAUUUGGUUAAGAUUUGACAUAUAACUAUGUUUCACAUUUACCAUUGUAACUUAACAUCUCUUUAGGAUAAAAAUAAUGAACAGGUUUUCGGUAUAAAAAUAAUUAACAUGUCCUCAGGAUAGAAAUGAUUAACAUGUCCUCAGGAUAAAAAUGAUUAACAUGUCCUCAGGAUAAAAAUAAUUAACAUGUCCUCAGGAUAAAAAUAAUUAACAUGUCCUCAGGAUAGAAAUGAUUAACAUGUCCUCAGGAUAGAAAUGAUUAACAUGUCCUCAGGAUAGAAAUGAUUAACAUGUCCUCAGGAUAAAAAUAAUUAACAUGUCCUCAGGAUAGAAAUAAUAGAUUAUUAUGUAAGACCUAUAACUCUUAGUGUAUUAAGGAUUUUUACUUGAUUGUCUCCCUGAAAAAAAAUACUUAAGUAGGAUAAGUUUUACAUUACUUAAAUUGGACACAUUUUACAUUACUUAAGUUGGAUAAGUUUUACAUUGAGAAUUAUUCUCUUUAAUUAUAGAGUAUGUUCACUAGAAGCUUCUCUUGUGUCUAGGAUCAUGAUUGUCACUGUCCAAGAACCAUCACUCUGGCAUGGAAUUGGACUGAAUUAUUGCCCUUUGUGAACUUUGAAAAUGCUGUUUUUAUGAAAAGAAAGAAAUGAAAAUCAUAUCUGAUAGUAUGAAAUAUACAUGUAUUAGAAAUAAUGUACAAACAUACAAGUGUUUGUUUAGAAAUAUUGGAAUGAGGAAAAUUAACUUGUAUAUCUACAUGUUUGAAAUCUUAUUUCUUCUAUUGUUUAUCUGUACUUAUAAUGUAAAUGUUUUGCAGGGCGGCAGUUGUCAAGUGGUAAAAAUUGUUAACUUCAAACCACCUUUUACCUUAAUACUGUUUGUUAGAAUCCUGAGGGGGAUUUUUAGAUUCUUUUAUGUGAGGGAGCAAUCCAGCUAGCUUUCAGAACAUUUGGUUGUGCUACUAAGGUGCCCAUCUAUGUCUGACUACUAAAGUGACCAAUAAUGUCUGAAAUAAUGCACAGAAGUGCACCGGAGGUCUUCCUCCACCAGUACUGGAAAGUCCCUAUUUGACCAAAACUGUGUUGGUGUGAGUUAAACCAAAAUAAAACAAAAAAAGCAACACACUCCUGGACAAGUAUAAUUGGCUCAAGUGUAAGUUUUUUUUUUGUUUUGAAUGAAUAUAAGGUAUUUGAGGUACAGCUCUAGCUUCUAGCUCUACUUAAUGUGUUGAGAAGACAUUAUAAUUGGCAGUAAUGUCAAACUGUAACAGUAAAAGCUCAUCUUUAAUGUUUCAGUUAUGUUUCAUUCAUGAUAAAAUUGUAGUUAGAACUGCUCACAGAAUUUGUUUCAGAAAUGAAGGUUUGAUCAUAAUCUGUGUAUGCUCUGAAUGCAUUAAUUUGCGAAAAAGUUAUCUGUAAAGACAGGAGUGUAUAUUUCGCUGACAUUUUCUAGUAUUGGUUUUUCUUGCUUUUAUUCUGUAAGAGUUGUGUCCCCUGUAAUAAUCAUUUACAACAGUGAAGAAUCUCAUCUAUUGAUUGUAGUAAGGUAAUAAUUUGUGAUAAAAACUACUUAGCAAUAUCUUUAAAUAAGGACAAAAUAGUUAUUAUUUUGUAAAUAUUUUUGAUAAAUAGAUAUCGCGCUACAAAUAUUUUACCAUAUUUUUUUUAUUUGAUUUUGGCAUUAACAUCUAUACUGUAUAAUGUAUGAACACAACGUAUAUAAGAGCUAGAAUUCGGUAACACUAAAAUGACAUCGUUAAAAGAUGCUAACUGUUUGUUUUUAGCUUUUUAAAAGUUUGAGCAAGAUUUUUUAUCUCAAUGCUCUAAAUUUAGGAAUUAAUGGUUGGUCUACUGAUAUAAGUUUCUAUUUAACUUUUCUUUUUUUGUCAAAAUAAUGAUCCUAGUUUAAUGUUUUAUAGAAAUUUGUAGUAUUACUUACUUAAAAUCUAGUUUUACUAGAACAAUGUAACUAUCAUUUUUACAACUGUUAUAGGUAAUGUAAUGUCACCAAAGAAAUUGUCAAUAGUAUAUUGUUGGUUUUUAUUUUAAAGGGGAUUUUAUUGUCUCAUUUUGAAAAGGUUAACAGGUCAAACUAGUAGUUCAGUUACAUCUGAUUAUAUUCUGUGGUUUAAGUUAUAUGAAUAAAAUAAUAUUAGAUAUUUAUA